GUCGUAAGCGGAGCUGGCAGUGGAACCAGUUCUUUGUCAUUGAGGAGUACAGAGGACCAGAGCCAGUGCUCAUCGGACGGCUGCACACAGAUAUGGACCGAGGUGAUGGGCGUACCAAGUACAUUUUAGAAGGAGAGGGGGUGGGGUCUGUGUUUGUCAUCGAUGGGAACACGGGCAACAUCCACGUCACCAAAUCCCUGGACCGAGAAGAGAAGGACCAGUACCGCCUCAUUGCCACGGUAACCGACCGGCAGACGGGCCACGCCCUCGAACCCUCGUCCAUGUUCAUCAUCAGAGUGCAGGACAUCAAUGACAACCCUCCUGUCUUCCAGAACGAGCCAUACAGCACCACCGUGCCCGAGAUGGCCAAUAUAGGUACAUCCAUAAUCCAGGUGACAGCCACGGAUGCAGACGACCCUACGUAUGGUAACAGUGCCAGGCUGGUGUAUGCUGUGACCCAGGGCCAGCAGUAUUUCUCUGUGGAUCCUCAGACAGGUGUCCUGCGUACUGCUGUAACUGACAUGGACAGGGAGAGUCAGGACACCUAUCUGGUCGUCCUUGAGGCCAAAGACAUGGGGGGGCACCUGGGGGGGAUGUCAGGGACGACCACAGUCACUGUGAGGCUGAGUGACGUCAACGACAACCCCCCUCACUUCAGAAAGAGUGCCUGGUCGUUCUCUAUCUCUGAGCUGGCAGCACCAGGGGUGGAGGUGGGUCGCCUCUCGGCCACAGAUGCUGAUCUGGGAGAGAACGCCAUGCUGGAAUAUACCAUCCUGGACGGAGAGGAGGGGGACACAUUUAACAUCACCGGAAGAGACCAAGAGGCUGUCAUUGUGUUAAACAAGCUGCUCGACUAUGAGAGGUGCGGUUCCUACUCGUUCUCAGUGGAGGUUAUGAAUCCCAUAGUGGACGCACGGUUCCUACGGAAGGGUCCCUUUAAGGACCGGGCGAACGUACGGGUCAUGGUCCUCAAUGCAGACGAGCCCCCACGCUUCUCCCGGUCACGUUACCGUCUAGAUGUGCCUGAGAACUGUCCUCCUGUCUGCAGCGUGGGUCGGGUAUCUGCUGUGGACCCAGACACGGGACAAAGCUCCAACAUCAGGUACUCUAUUGACCCUCAGUCUGACCCUGAGGCUCUGUUCCGUAUAGCAUCUGACAGCGGCCUUAUCACCACGGUGAUGGAGUUGGACCGGGAGCGCGAGCAGUGGCAUAAUAUCACUGUCAUCGCCACACAGAGAGACAAUCCUAACCUUGUGACCAGAGUUGUGGUUGCCAUAGAGACACUGGACCAGAAUGAUAAUGCACCAGAGUUGGACAGGCAGUACACAACGUCUGUGUGUGACUCCAGUACCCCUGGACAGGUUGUUCAGGUACUGCGGGCGGUGGAUAGGGACCAGGGGGGACAGGACGCCACAGUCCACUUCAGCAUCCCUCCAGAGUCCAGUUCGGCUCUAAACCUCACCAUCAGGGAGAUUGGAGGUGCCACAGCGAGACUGGUGCUCCAGUCGGCCCUGCAGCCCCUCGCUGGCUUCUCCUCCUCCCUCCUCACCCUGUACGUGCCCAUCGUGCUGCGGGAUGGGGCGUCCGGCCUCACCAACACCGGGACGGUCACCGUGACCGUGUGUCCAUGUCUGAGAGGAGGCAUGCAGGCCGAGGAGAGGGGCAGGCAGAGGGACAGGGGCUGGGAGAGACGGACAGUAUGUCUGCCCCUGCCCUCCGCCUCUCCAUCACUCUUCUUCAGUAUGGUCACCUUGCUGGCCCUGCUGGCCUGUGUCACCACCCUGCUGGUGGUGUGUACUCUGUCUCUGUCUCUGCGGCAUCAGAAGCGAGACUCCCACUCCCCAUUUGAGGAGGAUGAUGUGAGGGAGAACAUCAUUACCUACGAUGACGAAGGGGGAGGGGAGGCAGACACUGCUGCCUUUGACAUCACCGCGCUCCAGAGCAUGCACAGAGUACAGCGCAUGCAGGACAGCAGGAACAUAUGGUACACCCAGCAGAAUCAGGCCAGGGCUAGGACGUACAGCUGGAGCCGGACCCCACACUCUGCUUUGGACCCCAGGCAUCCAGGCUCAACUCCUGUGUACGGACACCUCUGCUACAGCAUCCACACCCUGCCUGUCCUCAGAGACCUUCCCGAGGGGCCCACUCCAUUCCAGUCGGGUCUGCAGCUGGCCAAACUGAUGGAAACCUAUGGGCGCCCUGGCCAUCAGAAGGGUAACGUUAAUAAUUCCCUAGUCAUCCAGAACCAGGGCACAUUUGAUCUGCUAGAGCCUGGAACGGUUCAUCUCAAUCCUGCUGAGCCACGGUUCCCCAGCAGAGAAGAACCAGAGAGCAUGAUGGCUGACAGCAGACCCACAGAGAUAGAGGGAAGCAGGGAGACCAACACUGACAACCAGCAUCAGCAGCUGCAUCCGGAUCAGGGACCAAUCAGGACACAGCCUGAGUCUGUACUGACAGAUGAAGCACUGGUUCUGACCUACUCUGUCCCAAAUGGCUCAUGCUCCCAGAGUCACAGCAGUAGCAUCUCUUCCUCAGAGCAGCAGGAGAACAAGACAGAGUCCUCUCCCUCACAGACCACCACCACUACUGGAGCUUCCAGCUCUGCAGUAGAUGACACAGACACAGAUUCCUCUACUCUCCCCAGCUCAGAGAAGAAUGAAGACACUGUUGGUGUUGGCCAAGUAAAUAGCAGUCACACCCACACUAACACACUGGGGGAGUCAACAUACAGCAUUGUGGGUUCACUAAACCAGGGCAGUGGAGGGAUACCUGUGACCGGGACUACUUUGUAUCCAGGCAGUGCAGAAUUCCUGAACAUGUACGUGCUUGGUAGGAGCCUCUCUGGAGGCAUGCUGGGAUACGGCAGGGGGUGGGGCUGUGCCCGGGGCCUGGUGUCUAACAGGGCAGGGGCAAAGGGUGGGGCUAACUGUAACCCCUCCCUGCCUUUGAGGAUGGAGGACUUCCUGAAGCACCGUUUGGACCAGGUGACUGACCUAUCCCAGCCACCCUACGACUCACUGCAAACCUAUGAGUUUGAGGGGGGGGACUCCCGGGCCGGGUCACUGAGCUCACUGGAAAGCGAGGGUGAGAGGGAGGAGGAGAGAGGGAGGGAAGCGGUAGAUGAGUUGGACCAGAAGUUCCAUAGGCUAGUGAAGAUAAUCGAAGAGAGGGAACAAGAAAAGGAGUGUGAGAGAAGUUCAGUGGAGGAGACAACACGGGCAGAAGAUAGAAGCCAGAGUUUCGAUGUCAACGAGAUGAGCAAAACAGAGAGUGUUGAUGAAGAGAAAGAGGUCUCAAGGUGGGAUUUUUAGAGAACCUGCUAAUGAAAGAGACUGAAUAUGAGUUUGGAGAGGAGAGGAGAGGAGAGAGAAACACUCCAACAGAUGCAAUUUAAAAGCAAUAUGGGGGUGUUAUGCACGACUUCAGAGAGAAAAUUGUUCUGUUCUGUUCAAUGACUAAACUUCCUGCUUGUUGGCUAUGCAGCAUAGCUGAGACAUGUCGGAGGAUCCAUCAGCACAUCUCAUAAACUCACCCUUGUGUUUAUUAAACAGUAUAUCAAAAAUGUCACUUUUAGACUUUCCUUGUAACUGAUAUGAAUAAUGCACCUAGGCUUUCUACACUGAAGUGAUGAAAAAUGCACAUUCUGAAAUAUUGAUUCCCAGCCCUGAAAGCUGCAUUGUUGGAAAAUAGGCCUCAUGAAAAAUUUAAGGGAAUUGUGAUAUUUAAUGUUGAUAGUUAAUUAGGUGCACUCUCACUCAGAACACUGUUGUUCCCAAAGGCGACAUUUAAACAUGGAUAACUGAAUUGAACUAAUUCUAAAAAGCAUACCAAUUCCACACUUCUACACUUGCGUACACACAGACACACACUUAUAGAGCUAAUGUGAAUAUAUAAGGGUGAAUCUGUGCACAUUACAUCCAGUCAAAUGAAAGCUGUUCAGGUGAUGAUAUUAUGUCACAAUCAGGAGGGAUCUCUUCAGAAUUGCAUAGACUUUGACACCCAGGCUAUGUAUUGUCCCAGUAAUUAUAAUCACAGUAAUAGGUUCUAUGAAACACUAUGCAAUUUGCACACUGACUAGACAUAAUACGUCUUUGAAGAAAGAAGCCUUGUAAAAAGUUGAAUAUGUUUCCUACUAUAGCGACAUGAUUAUGUGCACACUGUAAAUAUCAUCCUCUGCAAUGUGGUGAUUAUUGGGUGGAGGAUUUCACACGGACCACGAAAGUGUCCCUUUAUGAGAAACACUGUCAUUAUUUCAUAAUUUGUAGUGAUUAAAUGGUUGGUGUUAAAUAAGAUGUCUGUUAUGCCACGUUAUUUCCCACAUGAUAGUUUUCCUAGAUAGUUCAGCCAUAAACCUGUUCAUUGACCGAUCGGCAGGGUAGCCUAGUGGUUAGAAUGUUGGACUAGUAACCAGAAGGUUGCAAGUUCAAAUCCCCAAGCUGACAAGGUACAAAUCUGUCGUUCUGCCCCUGAACAGGCAGUUAACCCACUGUUCCUAGGCCAUCAUUGAAAAUAAGAAUUUGUUCUUAACUGACU